AUGCCUCCGAAACCGACAACACGAGGGCGAGGCCGCGGCCGUGGUCGGGGAGGUGCAGCCCGUGGCGCGACUUCCGCUGCGGCUUCCCAGGAUGUUGCGCAACUGUCAGAAGCCGAACCGACUCCCUCGACGACAGCAGGCGCCGCCAACCCUUCAAGCUCUGCACUUAUUCCGGUAAUGACAAUAUCUUCCGAGUCAACGCCAGAGGUUUCCACACCCUCGGCGUCUUCCAGAGUACCCAGCACCACUCCCGGGCCGAGCUCGUCGACUCGUGCAUCUACCACCAACAAGUUCAAACCUAAGGCUGUCCGUCGGAGUGAAACAGAGCGCGCCCGCUUAGCCGAGGAACAAUCGAGGAUACAGGAGCAGAGGAAUGCCGAGGAGGCAAGGCGAUUAGCCCGGCUCAACCGUGGCCGAGGUCGGGGGCGUGGUCGCGGCCGUGGAGGGUUACUCCGUGGGAACUUGAGGAGUUCCACUGCCGCGGGGCCGCUGUCGGCCGGCGGCGAAGGCGGGAUUAAAGGGGAGGAGACCGCAUACGGCGCUUCGGGCAUCAUCGACAACAGUAGAAUCAAUGCCGACAUGCUCUAUAAUUACGUCGAAGUGUCGGACGAAGAAGAUCGCGCCUCGAUUACCUCGACUAAGAAGAUGAAGAAGGCCGUUUUGCCCAUGGGUAUCCGACGAGUGGAACACAAGGACGAGGGGGUGACUAUGACGACCGCGGCGGAGAUUGAGGCGCAAGAAAAGGCCGGCGCCGUCGAAACGGACUCGGACGAAGAAGGUCUCUUUGUGGGGGGUUCUACACAAGUUGAAGAUUUCGAAGAACCAGCCCAGGAAGAGGGCGCCCGGGUGGUUGUGCAGACACGCAAAAUCAAGCAGGAAGAGCCCGAGAGCGGUGCGAUGGACUUGGACGAGAUCCCAGAGGGUAUCAAAGCACCCGAGUCCCCCGAGAUGAAGAAAAAGGCGCUGGUGAACGAGCAGAAGCCUAAGAAGCUGCUGGCUGGGCCAAAGGAUACCGAAGCCGAGAUCCUCACUGAAGAUCUCCAGCACAUGAUCGAUUUGUUUACCCUCCAGGGCGAUGGCACGCUAGCCGAAGAUGGAACAACAAACAACGCCGCGCUCGAAGGCCACAUGUUCCUCUUUCAGUUCCCACCGGUGCUUCCGCCGCUACGGGUCGUCCCCCGUGACGGCACGUCGGCCAACCCAAUCUCGGUAAAGCCGGAACCGAACGAUGAUGUCGAUAUGCUAAAUCAGCCUCCGGUGAACAUUGACCUCACCCAAGACAAGGAUGAUAUGGCCAAGAAGGAAAGCGACGGCGGCGGCGAGGAUGCUGGUGAGGACGAGGAAGGUGGUGAUGAGCUUAAGGAAGGGGGUUUCCUUGGCAACCUGACUGUGCGCAAGUCCGGCAAGGUCGAGCUCAGCUGGGGCGGGCAGAAGCUGGAGCUGAUGCCAGGCAUUCAGACCAACUUCUUGUCGACGGCUGUGCUAAUUGAGCAGGCGGAUGUCAAGCCUGGCGACGCAAGCCAGAUGGACGGUGUUGCGUAUGGUAUGGGCAAAAUCCAGGGGUUGUUUUCACUCGCGCCAGUUUGGGGGGAUGAAGAAGACUGGGAAGUGGAUCCCAAAGAUUUGGGGAUCCCUGAGUAG